CGUGCCGGCAAACACAUUUGCACUGCUGUUCUACAUUUUAUCUAGUAAAUAACCUAGUUAUGUGAAUUGCUUGAGAAUACUGUGCAAUCGUACAUCAUCAAUUCAACAUGGACACGAGCUCAAUGACAACAUCGGGGCUCCUCGAGUGGGAGUUCUCGUUGCCGUCGGACCAGAUAAUAUCGCACGGGUGGUACCACGGCGCGCUGAGCCGAGCGGCGGCCGAGAGCCUGCUGCAGCAGGACCGCGAGUUCCUGGUGCGCGACUCCUCCUCGCAGCCCGACAACUACGUGCUCAGCUGCCGCUCCAACGGCCAGCAUCUACACUUCGUCAUCCAACGGAUUGUUGUACACCCAGAAACUGUGUACGAGAGAUAUCAAUAUCAAUUUGAAGACGAAGCGUAUGAUACGGUUGCUGAUCUGAUUACGUCUUACGUGGGUUCUGGAAAGCCUAUAUCUGCAGCGUCAGGCGCGAGGAUACAGUACCCGGCUAACAGAAUUGUACCUUUGACUAACUAUAUACCUAACGAUGACGCCAACUCAGUUGUGUCCCCUGUGGGUGACGGAUCCGGCUAUGGAAACCCGUACAGCCUCUACAGCCAUUUCGCUUCCAAACCUGGUAUGCAAUUACGUGCACCUUUCAAAAAGCAACGUUCCCAUUCGCUGACGCCUAUUGACAUGAGUCAGCAUGCGAAUCAAGCAAAGAGCGCCAGUGCAGAUGGGGUAAUCCAAAGUCAAACAAUGAAACAUGUCAAAAAUUUCCCUAGUGAAUCCAAUUCUUGUUCAGGCACCUGGGAUGUGAAUCUCCCUAUCAGCCCUCCCGCCAAGCCGGCUAGAUACGAUGGUCCAAAAUCCGACGACAGACGAUUGGAAUUACAAAGACUGUACCACGUGUCAGGAUCAGACUCGGGAAAUGGCUCCGGGGACUCGACUCAAAGCUCAGCCCAUAGCGAUCCGAACAAGUCGAGGAUAGAUUCGGAUUACAAUGUAGUAACUCCAACGAUAAAACAGCAGUUCGACUACGAGCUGACGGAAGCACGGCUGUUGCAAUCCGAGAAUUUAGACUAUACCGUAGAUUCCCGAAUUAACCUUGAGAAUUUCCAGUCACAAAUAAUAUUAUCGGGGCUCUCAAAACCGCUGGAAUCUGAGACUUUACACACAAUCAAGCUCUUAUUACGAACGUCAGGGCCUCGUAUACUGGCGAAUCAUAUGACAAAAGUGGACCUACACUUUUUGCUCGAUGAUGCGAUACAGAUCGAGGGUUUAGAGAAAACGGCAUCUGGCUUAGAAUUAUGUUUUCUACCUCAAGGAAGAUCACUGCGUUUGGAUGUUAUUGAAAGAAUUGAAACCUUUCGGCUUCUGAUAGCAGUGACGAUAUUGACUUGCCAAACGGACAGGCAAAGAGCCGAUACUAUCAACGAUUGGAUACUUCUCGCCGUCGAAACAAAAACUGCACUCGGGAAUCUUUACGGAUUUUCGGCCAUAAUGUUCGGACUGUGUAUGCCGCAGGUGGAGUGCUUACAAAACGCAUGGAAUAUUUUACGGCGUGUUUACACGGACAAUGCCUUCAUGUUCGAAGCAAAGCUGCGUCCUUGUUUUAAAAGUAUGAACGAAGGCACAAACCCUCUGCCACCGAACACGACCACUCCGCACAUUCUGCCGCCGGUGCUAUGUUUUCAUUUAUUCGAUGGUGAGGGAGGUGGCCUGAUGCAACCAGACGAGUCAUUUCCGACGAGUCUUAUGAACGUUCUCGCUUUCGAUUUCAAUGCGACUGCAGCGCACCUGGAGUCCGCGCGGUACUUCCCGGACCAAGUGGACAUGUUCAAGAGGAACGCUAGAACCGUGGUCCAGGAGAUGUCUUCCCUGGGGCCCACCUUGGAUCCCACCCUACUAGAAUUGUUCAAAACUGAAUUCCACAUUAAUUUCCUUUGGGGCGAACGCGGGGCGUUAACUACUCCUAACCAGAGGUUUGCGCGGUUAACAGAUAUAUUAACGGCGAUGGCUAAUAAACUGGCUAACCAGCCGCCAGAGUGCGAAGGGGAUGUAUAAGCAGCGAAAUAUUCUAGAUACCUUUUGUGUGAUCAGUGAUCAAAUGAACAUUAAUACUCUUUACCAUAUCAUCUCAUUAUUUUAGGUACAUAAACAUAUACAAUAUACAUAUGUAUUUGCAUUUUGUUAGUUCUACAUAUUUCAACCUAUUGUUUAAAAAACCAAAACAACUAUAUAGUUGCAGAAUGAAUAUUUAUGUAGUUCAAAAAAGUUAGAUAUGUAUUAGGUAUCUCCGUGUAAGUAUUAAGGGCCAGGUUACACAGGCAGCCACUGAACUGAAUAUGUAUGACCUGAUGUUAUGUUCUAAGUUCUAAUUAAAAAAAAAUGUUAUUAAAGGAAUUAUUUAUACGAGGAAUAACAAAAUAAUAACUUUGAGGCAAAUUGUCUGUGUACCUAUUUGUACCUACAAAUAUAAGUUAUCAUUAUCAAUUUAUCACCUUAAAUAUACUUAGGUAUCCUAACUUCGCUGUCCGCCAGUCUGUCUGUCAGAUUUACCUGUUUAGAACGAACUGUAGGUAUAUCUGUGUAUUGUGUAGCAUAAACACUGCUCGCAAGGGAGAAGAACCCGGCAACAUUUCUAUAUACAUAUUGUAUGGGUUACCUAGCUCGGUGGAACUGACCUGUGUAUCAUGAGCGUAGAAUAUAUAUGUACCUAUCUAUAUCUACGUGUAAGUAUUUGUUAUAUUUAUAAAAUGCGUCUUCAAAUAAAAUUAAAUACAUCUUUAACAUUUUUUUUAUAUAUACCUCAAGCCAAAUUUAUUGUACAGAAAACGUUCAGAUUAUGGAUGGAAGUUGUAACUAUACAUGGUUUUACUAGAAACAUUUCUAAAUAUAAUAGAUGGAACCGCAAAUUUCGUUCGCUACGGAACGUAAACGAUUGGCAUGUUGGCUACGCGCCCAGUAUUAUAAAAUAGGCCGUAUACUGUUGUAAUAAGGUCUGUUUACAAGGUCAACGAAGGUCAAUAAUUUUAAAGAGCUAUAUACAUAUCUAAGUAUGUAUAUAAAAUUAUUAAUUAAAUACGUUAAGCCGGUCCGUAGGUUAGUAUAUUAAGUAUACCGGGUGUGGCCUGUAAUAUGAGCAAUACAUCAAACCGUAGGCUGUACUCCUCAUAUUGACGAACAUUUAUUCAACGACUUUUAAAAAUUACUUGUGGUUUCAUUUUUAAUACACUUUAAAGUUUAUUCUAAGACGCAAUGUAUUGCGAAUUUUGUUAUGUUUAAGGCGUGACAAGCAACGUCAAUCACAAUGAUAAUGGCGUGGCGAUGGCGUCCAUUGAAGAUAAUAUUUAUUUUGUAUGAAAAAUGGGGAGUCUAAAUACUUCAUAAUUUUUAAAACUUGUUGAAUAAAAGUGUCACCGUUUGAGGAGUACAAUCUAUGUUUUAAUUAUUUGCUCAUGUUACAGGCCACACCCGGUAUAACUUCUUACCAACCGCCUUCACUCCUCUUAGUAGUCAUUGUGGGUAUAUUUAAUAGUUUUAAUUACAUACUCUGCAUUUGUAAAUUAAUAUUUUAUUUAAAAUGGAAAACCAUGCAAAAAAAUAUUAUAAAUAACGCUAUUGUAACAAUAGUCUAUGUUAGUGUACGGAAUAUGAUAUUUCAUAGAACAUAAAAUAUAAUCUUUUUGUAACUACAUAGGUACAAUGAAUAUAAAUUUUGUUGGUGAAUUUUCAUUUACAUUUGCGUUGAUUAUAUAGACUUGACUAUACCAAUACGUAAUAGUUAUUUAUUUAUUAAGAAGCAAAGUUGUAAUUUAACCUCUCGUGCAAAUAUUGAUACCCGAGCAAGCGAGUUUCUAAAUUGAACCGCGACCAAGUGGGUUAAAAAAAACUUUGCGACCAAGUGAAAUACUAAAUUUUUCACCACACCAACGCGAGGAAUAUACUACCUUUAAAUAUUACAAAUCAAAUCCAAAUGAACGCUAUUAAAUACUUGUCAUUCAAAAACAUAAUAGUCAAUUCUACCAACCAACGCAAGAAAGCAACUCAAAAUUUGCAUCGAAAUAUUUUGCCGCUCUCGCAGAUAAAAUCCACGACUUUCACAUCACUUUAUGAAGAAAAAAGAGAGCCUUUACGAGCUGGUGUGGUGAAAGUGUUUACUCAAAUGUCUGCCAAUAACAUAAUAUUAUAUAAGUACAUACCAUAUCUUUCUGACUACGGAAACCGUCACAAUACAAUAAGACUUUAUUCAAUUGCAUAUCCAUGUA